AAAGUUUUUUUUUCUUGUUUAAAACCUACUUAUGUGUUUGAUUUGAACAAAAAAAAAAAAAAGUUUAUUGUUUAAAACACCAACACGUGUUUUAAAUAAUUGUUUGAAACAUUUUUGCUUUAAACAUGUACAACCCUGAACUCUGGAGAAUCACUGGAGGGAGUGGCCACGUGAUAGCCACGUGGUGGCCACCGUUUUAGUGUGUGUGUGACUGUGUGUGUUUUUUUUGUUCUUCGGAAUUGUUUUUAUUUUGUUUUUAAUUAAAAAUCGUGUUAAUUUCGUUUAAAUCGAUGCUUAUUGCUUACAGAAACAGAUAAAAACAAGUACAUAUGUAUUAAUUUGUAUAACGUAUCCGAAAUCAUUCUUCGAAUUGAUUAUUGUUACCUACUUACCUAUUUUAAUAUAUCAACUUCCUACAUAUACAACUUUAGUGGGAAAAUGUUUUCCGACGAUGGAACCCCAGAUGAUCUCGCCGACGUUCCAGAUGAAUCCAAUAGCCGAGAAGAUUACAAUUCUGUACUGUCCGAUGAGGAGAAAAUCACUAAGGAAAAUGAAAAGUAUGAUCCAGAAGACAGCAAGAAAAAUAAAAAAUGCAAAAAACGAAAAAUGAAGAUUGAUGCGAGGAAGCAAAAAGAGCACAAUAAACAAAAAUGUGCGGAUGGUGGAAAAUUGUUUCAAUUUCAGACCUCAGUAUCUGAAGAAACUCUGUACAAUGACUUUGAGAUCAACGUUAAAAGGAAACGAAGUAGUCGUAGCAAAAAAGGUUCAAGUGGCAGAAAGAGUUCCUCCGCAGCUUCAAAAGUUUCAACUCUCGAUAUCAAACUAGAUAAAAGAAGACGUGACAGUUCUGAUGACGAAGGACAUAGCGGUGACAGUGACACUGCCGGCGAACCUGAUUCUGACGCUGAAUUUGAACAAAUGCUUCGAGAAGCCGAAAAAAAUGAAGGCGGUGACAGAGACACUGCCAGCGAACGUGAUUCUGACGCUGAAUUUGAACAAAUGCUUCAAGAAGCCGAAAAAGCGAUUGCUGAAAAAAAUGAAGCCGAUAUUACUGAUAACAGCGAAUUUCCAGCUCCUGUCAAACACAAAGCUAAAACUAAAAGUGGAGGCAAGAAAGAAAAAAAGAUAACUCAAACUACGUCCAAAUUUCCCAAAAGAUGUGAGGAUGGUUCCGAAAACAAGCCUCGGAAAAACAAAAAGAACAAGCUCCAGAAGAAGAAAAAUGAACAACUGGAUGACGAAUCGUUUCGAAUGCCAAACAACAAUGAAUUGCCAAACGUGAAGAAAAGACUGAGGGCUCUCACAAAUCGAAUCAACAAACAGAGCAGGGAAAUUCAAAGGCAAGGCGAUCAAAUAAAUCAACAAAAAAAACAUAUUUCGAAGUUACGACGUCAAGUAGCCAGGUUUCAAUUAGCAGAAAUUGCAAAAUCACUUCAUCAGUUACUAUUUUGCAACGAAGAUCCCCGUGCUAAAACUUUUUUUAGCACAUUUCAAUAUGAUGAAGAUGAGACUCGUAAUUUUAUCGAUGAGGUAAUAAAUUCAGCGAUGUUUGGUGAGUAGCUUACCCACACGGAUACAUUACAUACUUACCCAAAGUAUAUGUAAUCAAAAUUCCUGAGAGUUCGAAAGUCGAUAAAAUUAUAGAAAGAUGAGGUCUUGAGAAAACUACUCAACUUACAACUCCAUUAGGGUUUUUGUCUGUUUCAGACAGAGUGAGAUUUUUUUUCAAGUUUAAAUCAUUGUACAUACAUAAUUCACUGCAUCUCAUUAUUAGGUAGCUUAUUUAUUAUUUUGAAUUAAAUAAUUUGAGUAAAAUUGGUUAUUAUUUGUUUUUUUUUUCACCUUUCAUAUUAUUGUUCCGAAAUGGUCCUCAAUUUUUUUCAAAUUGAAACGGUUCUGGUGGUUCCUUUAUUUUUCCCCUUGGAUGACAUCCAAAGCAAAUCUUUUUCGCUCAAAAAAAUGUCAAAGGUUAGAUGCAUUCAUACUCAUUGUUUUUCCAAAUUUGAUGUUAAUUUUUCCAAUAAGUAGGUACCUACUCAUUUUAGCAGCAAAGUGGCACAAAUCAGUUAAAUUUAUUUGAAAAAAAAGUCAAAUAAUCACAACGAAUAAUAAAAACGCAAAUGAAAAAUAUAUAUUUUAAUCGUAAAACUGAAAAAUGCUACACAGCAUAUAAAUACAAUUUUACCGUUUUACAAAUUACAUGUUAAUCGAAGUAUUUGUAUGACUAGUUUUUAAAAGUAAUACGUAGCAGGUACCAUAGUAUAGUAUAUUCGAUGUAAACUUACAAUACUUUUGAAAUGCCGAAUUCCACACGCGAAUCAUGCAUACCGGUUUGUAGCGCUAAGCUGUUACAUAUUACCGUUCUACGACUAAACAAAAUGUAAAAAAAUCCAAAAAAAAGAGUAUACUUUUCAAAAGGACAAUCAUUUUUCUUCCAUAAGAAAAGGGUGGUAGGCUACACAAUCAUAUCGAAACUACAACAUUCGGACCCAAAAGA